UCAAAGCUGCUCACGGGAAACGAGGAGAAGAUAAAAAACGGGACAAAAUAUUAAGAGAGGGGAGGAGUACAAAUCUGGCGCAGAUCCGAGUUAUAACAGCGAGAGAAGAUCCAGUUUGCGCUCCAAGAUCCAACAGCCCCUUUUACUGAUGAGGUUCGAAGCAAGUGUCAGAGAGGAUUGAACUGCCCUCAUCAACGGUGCACAGCACUGCCAGAGAAGCACGGCCUCCCCACAGGCCCAAGUCCUGUUGAUCACAUUUUCUGCCCUAGUUUGUCAUCCAGAGAAAACAAAACUGUUUCUCCAACGCUUCUAUCAAAAACUGAGACUGUUUUCUAAAGCAGAAGCGGCCCAGUCCCCGCAGUUGGAAGUGAUGGGGAGCCUGCGUAGCCAUCGUUACAGUAUUGUGUCCUCGGAGGAAGAUGGCAUGAAGCUAGCGUCCAUCGUUGUUCCAAAUGGUUACGGGAAUGGCAACGUAAACAAGGGGCACACGGAGCGUCAAAGCCGCUUUGUAAGCAAGGAUGGCCACUGCAAUGUGCAGUUUAUCAAUAUGAGCGAAAAAGGCCAGCGUUACCUGGCAGAUAUCUUCACCACUUGUGUGGACAUUCGCUGGCGCUGGAUGUUUGUCUUAUUCUGCCUGUCUUUCCUUUUGUCAUGGUUGUUUUUUGGACUUGUCUUCUGGGCAGUGGCACUGGUGUAUGGGGAUUUGGAGAAUGAGACUCAAUUAUGCGUUUCCAAUGUGGACAGCUUCACAGCAGCCUUUUUGUUUUCAGUCGAGACCCAAACCACAAUUGGGUACGGUUACCGCUAUGUGACAGAGGAAUGUCCAAUUGCUGUUUUUACGGUGGUGUUUCAAAGCAUUGUGGGCUGCAUUAUUGAUGCUUUCAUUAUUGGUGCCGUCAUGGCCAAGAUGGCAAAGCCCAAGAAGAGGAAUGAGACUCUGGUGUUCAGUCACUAUGCCACAGUAGCAAUGAGGGACGGUAAACUUUGCCUGAUGUGGCGGGUGGGAAAUCUGAGGAAGAGUCACCUGGUAGAGGCUCACGUCAGGGCCCAGCUCCUCAAGUCCCGCACCACAGCGGAGGGAGAGUUCAUCCCUCUGGAUCAGGUAGACGUAGACGUUGGCUUUGACAGUGGGAUUGACAGAAUCUUCCUUGUGUCUCCAAUCACCAUUGUGCAUGAGAUUGAUGAGGACAGCCCAUUCUACGAGAUGAAUAAGCAGGAGCUGGAAACCUCAGAGUUCGAGAUUGUUGUGAUUCUUGAGGGCAUGGUGGAAGCCACCGCUAUGACAACUCAGUGUCGAAGCUCCUAUGUGGCCAACGAGAUCCUCUGGGGCCAUCGCUUUGACCCAGUGCUCUUUGAAGAGAAGAACUACUACAAAGUAGACUACUCUCGAUUUGACAACACUUACGAGGUGCCCAGCACUCCCACCUGUAGCGCCAGGGAGCUGGCUGAGAAGAGGUCCAAUGCUUCCAGCAUGAGGAACUCCUUUUGUUACGAGAAUGAAGUGGCUCUUGAGAAAGUUGAGCUGGAGGAGGGGUUUGAGGAGGACAACGGCAGAUUGAUGAGGGACGUUGAGGUUUGUGCUCUUGAGGACACAAGCACAGAUUUGGUUUCAAGUCCCGAAUGCACCCUGGACUCUUUGCCUUUUGAUGCAAGACCUUUGACGGCAGAAUCAGAGAUUUGACUGCAAGGGGUACUAAAUGGGCUUUAUUUUUAACCUGGUUGAUAUUUUUAAUAAUUGCAUGAAGUUUGGGAGCCACCAGGGUUUAAAAGUCUCUGUGCAGAACACCAAAUAUUAACUUGUUAUAUAAUUUACAUUGACACUGCUUGCAUAGAUUUUGUUAUAAAAU